GAGCAAUUAUUAGCAAUUAUCAACUACUUUGGGGGCUGAAAGCCAUUUCAAUUCAUGAGUAGUGAUAUGUGAGCAUUGGGGCAGAGGAAUUUAAGAGUUUGGUCUUUGCAAUAUGUUGCAGAGGUGAAAUUGGAGGUUCAGCCGUCGCAUUUCCAUUACUUCGCUCCCAUCUCAAUCCAUCCUCCCGUCCAACUUUUCCACGUCCCACAUUCAUUCACCGUGGCAAACAAGAUCUUUAUGCUCUUGCCAGCAGAAACUCGACCAUAUUUACGUCUGCGAAGCAAUAUCGACCUCGCCAGCUAAUAUUUCGCGACCUUGCAUGCAAGCUAUUCGCGUUUUGCCAUCCAGGCGCAACCACUUUCUUGACUUUCAGGUGUGCGCGCAACAAACAAGAAUUAAUUGCUUGCAAAGUCAAGGGGGCUUUAUAACUACCAACAUCAUUAAUACGGCGUUGUGUUCUACCGCCGUUGGGUACUUCACGUCUGCCACCACUAGUAAGGGAACAAAAGGCCGCUUCGAACACAUUAAUAAAUAGUUCGGCUUCCCCUUCGCCUCAACACACAAAAACAAAGUAAUCGCACCACAACCUUACAAAGUCUCCUGCUCACGAUGGAGGAUGACAUUCGGGAGCUCCAGCCAGAAGCUGUAGAUGCUGCGAUUGGUGAAAUGAAGAUUGAGGAGGGGAUUGAGGUCCAGGAUUUUGCCAAUGGCUUAAAUGGAUAUAUUUCUACUCCUACAGAAAUCAAGAGAUCUCACUCCAGCACACCGGGUCUUGUAAAUUCUCGCUCUCAGACACCGCCCAGAAAGCAAAGCACCAGCCAAACACCAAAAUCCGGAGAUGAAGAGGAAGAAGAGGUUAUUGGCGGUGAUAUCACCGUCACCGUCGAACCUGGCAAGGCACCGAAGCUAUCGAGAAAAUCGUCACAAAAAGUAAUCCCUCGACCACCCCCUCUCUUCAACGAUCUUCCAGAUUCUACAGAGGAGGCAGCUUCGGUAUUUCAGGUAAUCAAGGAUUGUAUUUAUGGAGCUAAGCACAUGGGAGCUUCAGAUCACGAUGCGUUGGAUUGUGAUUGUCCCGAGGAAUUCAGCGAUGGAAAAAAUUAUGCCUGCGGAGAGGAUUCUGAUUGCAUUAAUCGACUGACCAAAAUGGAAUGUGGUGGAGGUCAUAAAGAUUGCAAUUGUGGUUUGGAUUGUCAGAAUCAACGCUUUCAACGCAAACAGUAUGCCAAAGUUUCAGUGAUCAAGACAGAUAAAAAGGGUUACGGUUUACGCGCAAAUACUGAUCUACAGCCUGAUGAUUUCAUUUUCGAGUAUAUCGGAGAAGUUAUUAACGAACCAACGUUUCGACGACGUACUGUCCAAUAUGAUCAGGAGGGGAUCAAGCAUUUCUAUUUCAUGUCUCUCACGAAGCAUGAAUUCGUGGAUGCAACGAAAAAAGGGAAUCUAGGUCGAUUUUGCAAUCAUUCUUGUAAUCCAAAUUGCUAUGUCGAUAAGUGGGUGGUCGGAGAAAAGUUGCGCAUGGGCAUUUUUGCCGAGCGUGCAAUCAAAGCCGGAGAAGAGUUGGUCUUCAAUUAUAAUGUUGAUCGAUACGGUGCCGACCCUCAACCUUGCUAUUGCGGCGAACCGAAUUGUACCGGAUUCAUUGGAGGCAAGACUCAAACUGAGCGUGCUACUAAACUUCCUCAUGCUACCAUUGAAGCUCUUGGUAUCGAUGAUGGUGAUGGUUGGGACACAGCUGUUGCCAAGAAACCUCGGAAAAAGAAGACAGGUGAGGAUGAUGAAGAAUAUGUCAACAACGUUCAACCCAAGGGGCUCGAUGAAAAUGGAGUGCGGAAGGUUAUGGCAACUCUUAUGCAAUGCAAAGAAAAAUGGAUUGCUGUCAAGUUGCUUGGUCGAAUCCAACGUUGCGAUGAUGAUAAAGUUCGAAACAGAGUUAUACAAAUGCACGGUUAUCAAAUUCUUCGUACGACCUUGACUACUUGGAAGGAAGACAACAACGUGAUCCUCCAAGUUCUCGACGUCCUUUACAAAUUUCCACGACUUACUCGAAACAAAAUUGUUGAUUCCAAAAUCGAAACAGUUCUAGAAGAAUUCACAACUUCCGAGCAUGAAGAUGUUGCUUUCGAGUCAAAGAGGCUAUUGGAAGCAUGGAGCAAAUUGGAGCAUGCGUAUCGAAUCCCAAGAAGAGCCCCAACUCUUGUUGCACAAGUAUUUGAGCGGCGUCCAGACCAAGUAGAAAAGGUCACUCCAUCGCCAUCCCCUGUUAUUGUCGCCCCUACUGGCCCCCGAAGUGGUGUUCCUCAACGCAACGCCAAUUUCGUUGCCAAUCGCUCAAUUUCUCGGCGCCCGUUCGUCCCCAUGGUAUUACCACCUGGCUGGUUUACUGCGAUGGACCAAAACGGAAAUGCUUAUUAUUACAGUAAGACGGGACAAACAACAUGGGAGAGGCCAUUUAUGCCAGCAGGGGUAUCGCCACCACCUCCACCACCCAAGGCAGCUCCAAAGAGUGUGCAAACACAAAAAGCUCUUCAAGAUAUUAUCGACAGUAUUACAAAGGAGCCCUCGACGACUCCGGCACUUUCCUCCCAUUCCGCCGAGGGUACACCCAAGGAGAAGAAGAAGAAGCCUGUGGAAAAGUGGCGCUCAUUGCCUAUCGAGAAGCAGAUGAAACUGUACGAAAAUACUUUAUUUCCUCACAUCAAACACGUAAUGCAAAAAUAUUCUGGCAAACUUCCCAAGGAUGAUCUUAAAAAAUUCGCCAAGGAAUGUGGAAAGAAGCUCGUGGCUUCUGAUUUCAAAAACAAUCGCAUUGAAGAUCCCACAAAGAUAUCUGACAGAAAUCAAAGGAAAGUAAAGCAAUAUGUGUUUGAAUAUUUUAAGAAGGCUGUGGAAAAGAAAAGGGAGAUGGACGCCAAGCGAGCAGAGAGGAAAAGACGCGAAGCGCAGGCUAAAAUCAAUGGAAACGGCACGAGUGAAAAGGGGAUAAAGCGAGAGAAUGUAAAUUUGAUCAGUAGUCCGGAUGUGAUUGAUAAUGAGGACGUAGAAGUUAACAUACCAAGUCCAACCGCAUCGCCUAGUGGACAACUCGAGAUGGAGUUGUUGAAGAGGAAGAGGGAAGAUGACGAGGAAAGUCCAUCGGAGAACAAGAGGGUAAAAGAGGAUGAUACUGAGAGUGCAACACCAACGGAUUCAUCUACGCCUCCUCCGCCUCCUCCGCCGCCGCCCGCGGAAGGGAUGCCUAUGGCAGAGUCGGAAGAUCCGGAGAUGGCUAAUGGCGAGGGAGAGGUGAAAGAAGAAACGGAAGAGGAAAGAGAGUUAAGGAUGCAGGAAGAAGAUUUAAUGAGGGAGAAUGAAGAGGCUAUGAAGAUGGAAAUGGAAGUAGAUACUGAUGGAAGGUUAAAGGGGAAUAAUGGUUGUAGUGAGCAUAUCAAUGGUGGAAAUAGUUGUGGGGAAGUCUCAACGGAGGGAUGAUAUUUAUUGCCAAUGGAGGGACACAAAAUUGGGAACCGCCUGUAUCAACAUCAUCAUUAUCUUCAUUCAAAAAAAAUCAUCGGCAUCGCAUCGCAUCGCAUCGCAUCAGGGGUCGGUUAUAUCAUAUUUAUUAUAUGGAUAGGGGAGCGAACUAAGUGAGUUUGGCGUUUACAAUUUCUUCAUCUCGUAUUGGAGAUCGAGAGAUGAACAUCAUCUUAGAUCAAAAGGAUAGUUGGAAGGGAUAGUCACAGAACAAAUACACCCUGCUAUUCCUCAUGCAUUAAAGGAAAGUAGGCUAUUUAGAUACUAGGCAGUAAAUGGAAAUCAAGUGAAGUGUAAUGAUAAUUAUUAAUCAAAUGGCAUUUGUGAAAACUCCA